GAUUCAGUAGUUGGGUUGCCAGCCACAGCUUGAAGAGCCUAAGCCGGAGAAAUAUACAAAGACAAGAUGGGAAAAUUCCUUGCGUCGUUGCUGUUCCUAGCAGUGGUUGGAGGCGGCCAAUCCCUGACCUUCCAAGAGAAAUAUGACAUUUGGAGCGUCGAUCUUAUGCCAGGUUUCAUGAUUCAACCCACUGUGAUGGACGGGAGGCGAUGCUACUGCAAGGUCCCUGAAAUAACAACCACAUCAACUACAACAUCUACUACAACGACCGCCACUACCACGUCUACAUCUACAUCAACAUCCACUUCUACCACAACAUCAACAUCCACUUCUACCACGUCUACAUCUACAUCAACAUCCACUUCUACCACAACAUCAAUAUCCACUUCUACCACAACAUCAACAUCCACUUCUACCACGUCUACAUCUACAUCAACAUCCACUUCUACCACAACAUCAACAUCCACUUCUACCACGUCUACAUCUACAUCAACAUCCACUUCUACCACAACAUCAACAUCCACUUCUACCACGUCUACAUCUACAUCAACAUCCACUUCUACCACAACAUCAACAUCCACUUCUACCACGUCUACAUCUACAUCAACAUCCACUUCUACCACAACAUCAACAUCCACUUCUACCACGUCUACAUCUACAUCAACAUCCACUUCUACCACGUCUACAUCUACAUCAACAUCCACUUCCACAACAACAUCAACUACAACAGAAACAUCAACGUCAACAACAUCAUCUACAACUGUGGACUACUGCGGAGCCUGUGACAAGACCUUCACAGUGACACAAACUGAAUAUCCCAAGAAUGGUAGUAUUUACUCCACUACUUGGUUAACGCCAAACUAUCCUGAAAACUACCCUGAUGGUUGCAGUUGCACAUUUACCUUCACUAUCCAUGGAAGUGGGUUCGUGCAAGUUGCUUUCGAAUCUGAUGACAAGAUUUACACCGAUUCCAACUGUGAGAUUGAUCACUUGGAAUUUACUGGAGACCUACAAAAUGUGAACAAUAAACACCUUUGCGACCUGAGCAACGAAAAAGGAUACAUGAUGUCGUCCAGUGUCUCCUCAGCACUGAGCUUCACUGCUCUGUUCGUGUCCUCCUGCGACGACGAUUGCAAAGUGGGCAAGGGAUUCAAAAUGACUGUGACGUUCCAGACCAUGUAAGAGAGAUGAACCAGAUCCAAAGAAUCUAAUUCUUUGCCAAGAUGACGGAUGGUUUUGGAACACAUUGUACGAUUGAGUGGAAUGGAAACUCAUAUUCCAAUACGUGGCUCUUGCUUUCCAUAUGUAUACAGCUAUAUACAGCGACAGAUCUAUGUUGAUACAUACAACACGUAUUCGGCAAUAUAUAGACUGGAUGAAAUAACGACGAAAUAUCACUCAUAGAACCAAAAAGAGAGACCAUAUAAUUCCAUUAUCGUAUUUGCACCUCUGGCCAUGGCUAUUGGAUUAGUUUUCGUUUUUCAGGUGAUGUAAAAUUGCAUAAGUAUCCGAAUAAAAUAAUUUGUACUUAUUAGAACACCCAAUGCAUGCUAAUUCUCCUUUAUAUUUACAAAAAAAUUGGUAGCGGUAUCUUUCUAAAUUCACCAUAUCUUAUGAUCAAUGACAUUCAGACAUUUCGGUUCAACCAAUUUUCGAAUCCUUUGUUAAAUCAGCCGAUUAAUCACUGCAAUAUAGCCCAGUGGGGGAACUACGUCAAUACCAACAUAAGAACUAUC